CCUCAUUGUACUUCCGAUGAAGAAUGUCAAUGAAUCACUCGUUUCCGAUCAGCUUCACAGACCCAGAAGACCCAAAUCUCGCGAAGUGAGUUCAAGAUUUCUCUCGCCGGCCUCUGUCACUGACGCCGCCGCACCCUCGUCGUCUCCGACUCAACCUCUGUCACCCACUCACCGGAAAUCAAGAUUCAGUUCAUUUGAUGCUCGUAAGCACCGAAGCCAAGAUGGGUCAUUAUUCGUUCAUGGACUCUGGCCUUCUUCUAAGAGAUUCGAUACUCUUGCUGAUCAUCUCGGAAAUGAACGAUUCAAGGAUGAAAAACCCACUGGCAGUAAUGGUAUUCCGUUCGUCGAUAAACAGAGAGAUUCCCGGGAGCUGAGUAAUCUCGAAUCGGAAAAGGAAUGCGCUAAAGAAAACGAUAAACCGAUUAUUGGGGGUUCUUUGAGAUACUGCGGGAAAAUACAGGGGAAAUACGUGAGCUCUUCGUCGUCGAAAUUGCCGGUUCAGAGUUCGGAAUCUGGGAGAUUGUCGGUGGAUGAGAAUGCUCUGUUUGGAAGAUCAUCAAGACGGCGAUCGGAAAAUUUCAAGAACAGUUUUGACUUGGACCCAGAUGGGUCUCCGACGAUGUUGGGCAAAAUGCCGACCAUAAUCUGCCGGAGAGCCGGUAUAAUGGUCCCUUCGAAGUAUAUGAACGAUGUACCAUCAAGAAGGCUUCAAAGGGGUUCUUCAGAUUCAAGCGUCCCAAAUCCUGUUUCAUUAGAGAGUUCGCCAACAGCGAAGAAAACUCAUGGGAAAACCCCAAUUCAACGAUCUAAUUCAAUCUCCGGACAUGGGAGUUCCACGUCGCAGUGGGCAUUAUCGCCUGGACGGUCAGGGUCGCCGCCGAUGUCAGUGGAGAGCAAAGAAAAGCCGAUGUCGUUUUCUAGUUUAAAACCUGUAAGAACUCCAUCAAAAGCCGCAACGGGUAUGGAGAAGUUGCUUAACUUGGGAUUGGACUUGUUCAAGAGUAGAAAAUCAUCGAUUUCCAUCACAUCCCCAAUUGGGUUUGCAGUAUCAGAUAGCGUUCAUCAACUCAGAGUGUUUCAUAAUCGACUGGUGCAGUGGCGUUUCGCCAAUGCUAGAGCUCGUUCCGCCAGUGUAAACUUGGCUAGUCUAGCAGAGAAAAAUUUGACGAUUGCCUGCUAUGAUAUCGCUAUAUUGCAGCAGUCUGUGCAGCAAAAGAAGCUGCAGCUACAGAAAGAAAAGCUUCAAUUCAAGUUGAAUUUCAUUGUCCAUUCUCAACUGAAGCCAUUGGAGAGCUGGGGAGGUAUGGAGAGGCAACAUUUGGCUGCAGUUUCAAUGACCAAAGAUUGUCUGCAUUCUGUUAUCUGCAGGGUACCGCUGAUCGAAGGAGCAAAGAUUGACGGCGAAACAAUGUCGAUGGCAUUGAGACAAGCCUGUGAUCUGUUAGCGUCAAUGAAGUCAAUGAUAUCAGGACACGCCCCACGGGCGAAGGAAACUGCUUGCUUGCUGUCAGACUUAGCCAAAGUGGUGAUUCAAGAGAGAUUGGUUCUAGAGGAAGUGUUUGAACUCCACAAAGCCAUAUCAGUACUAGAGAUGGAAGAAAGGAGUUUGAAAUGUGGGAUUAUCCAAAUGAAAACAGAGCAAUAUCAUCAUCAUCAUCAUCAUCAUCAUCUGCAGCAGCUACAAGAACAAGGCGAAGAAGCUUCCAGGGUUUGA